UAUCAACAUGGCUUGUUUCUGCUGGUGCAAAAAAGGUAUGAAAUCAGGUAAUUAGUAUUUUUCUCUUAGACCUAGUGGGAAGAAGAAAAGUAAAAGUACAUUCUGAUUGAGGAAUACAUAAAAAGUGUACAUGAAAUGUACAUGAAGUUCUGAUUUAUUAUGAUCUAAAAGGCAAAACAGAUCCUAGAUCAGACUCCUAUUCUGAGAUGCUUGAUAACACAGUCCCAGAAAGUUAUUUUCCUCAAACUGUAGUUUUAGGCUCUUCUAAUCACAUCUAGUGGAUAAAUAGAGUACUAACCUAUUGCCCUGGUCUACUUAGAACAAUGCAUUUACAUGGACUGCAAUACAUGCAUAACUACUCAGACUGUGUUUAUAGUACAGUAUAGUAUUUAAGAGAGACACUGUGUAGAGUGAUACUAUCUCUGCUUUGGAGGCUUUAGACCCGUUUCUCUCCUUCCUUCAGACCUCUGUCUCUUCAGGACCACUCUAGCCCAAGGCCGCAGAGGCCAGUCUCAGCCGCCAGAAACCAGACUCUUCCCAGGGCCAGCUCAGCCACCAGAGGGUCAGAGGACACCCAGGGGGCCAGAGGACAAAUGGGGAGCCCUGGUCAACAUGGAACUUCUUGGGUUGCCUAACAUUGGCAACACUUGCUUCCUUAAUGCCACUCGGCAGUGCCUCCUGGUCCUGCCUUCCUUCUCAAAGGAAAUCCUACGCCAGGAACAACUCUGGAGCUCCUCCCCCUUCUCCAACCUGCUCAGGUGUCUGUCUGAUUUGAACCGUUCGGGUAUACCUGACAGUGGCGCAAACCAGGCCACAAAAGCAGGCCUCAUGUGGAAGGUCAAAUACUCCUUGUCGGGAUAUGAUUUGAAGUAUCUGGCCAACACGCAACAGGACGCACACAAGUUACUUGUGAAUAUGCUGUGCCAGCUGAAGGAGGAGGGCAUGAUACUGAAGAUGCUUGGGGUGAACUAUACCUGCCCUGUUUCCCAGCUGGAGUUCCAGCUUGUGUCAGUGUGCACAUGUACCAGCUGUGGGCGUGAGUCGUCCACCAGAGAGGACUACGAUCACCUCUCACUGGACUUCAGCUCUGAGCGCACCUUGCUAAGCAGCCUAGCACUCACUUUCAAAGUCAGCACAUAGGGCUCAGCCCUGGGUGUUCAGACUAACACCCAGGGCAAGCUGCCCACUGCCUCAGGAUACGGUAUCUUAUUAUUGAAGUGGUAUCACUCAUUUUGUAAUGCUUUUGUUUCUAACCCAGGGCGAAAAGGUUGAAUUCACAUGUAAUGGCUGCAAAGGCUUCUACCUACGCCUCAAAGGUGGAGCAGUUCCACACACUGCCUCUUGUGUUGGUUCUGCAUCAGAAGAGGUUUGGAGGACCUGGGGGGGUUGGAGAAGCUGGAGGCUCCUCUUUUGUUUCCUUAGGAGCUGAGGCUCUCCACCCUCUGUGGGGACAUGGUGCCACCCCUGCACAGUGCCAACCCACAGGCCCUGACCAACCAGGCCCCCAAUAUCCAGGUGUCCAUCCCCCAGUGGCACAUCAACACUAUUCUUGUUCCAACACCACACAGGCCACCCACUCCCAAAACGGUCCUGCAGCUGCAAAUUAAAAUGUUUCUCAGACAUCUUCAGUGAUGUACGGAAGCUGUUUAAGACCAGAGCAAUUCAGACAAGUGACCACAUUUUCACAGCUCUUUAUAUGUAUAUUUGACCCCUCAGAUUGAAAUGACCAGGAACCAGGGAAAGUGCUGCGGACAGCCUCAGUGGUGAGGAGAGAAGCAGCAGCCAGUAAAGUCAGUGAAUGGCUACUACCAGCUGACUGGCGUAGUCUCUCAUUUGGGAGGCUCUGCAAACUCCGGCAGAGCAGGCAACAGAUGGCACACAGACAGCAAAGUUGGG